CGUUUCCCAUCUCCUCAAAAGUAUUUCUGAAGUUGUGAAUGUUAGAUUCCACUCUGUGAGACACAUCGAUCUGCAGGUUGAAUAUGAUCUCCAGGCUCUAAGCGUCAGUCCACCAGCUGAAUACUCAGUCAGACUGGUGGAUGGGACCACUUCCUGUUCUGGGACAGUGGAAGUCUUCUACAGAGGAGAGUGGUCAGGUCUAUGUCCUAGUUGGUGGAGCAUGAUGAGAGAGACAAAGGUUGUGUGUAGACAGCUGGACUGUGGGAAUCCUGUAGCUGAAUCUAGAGGACCUCUGAUUGAAGAUGGAAGAAGAGGAGUCAGACUAUUGAGUUGUGAUGGACAUGAGUCUUCUAUUAGACAGUGUGACUUCAUAGGAGAACCUGGUGUCUGUGAUGGUGGAUAUUAUCAUCAUGUGACCUGUUCAGAGUCUGUGCGGCUUGUGGAUGGAGCUGGUCUCUGCUCUGGGAGAGUGGAGGUGAAGUCCAAUCAGUCCUGGGCCUCAGUGUGUGAAGCUGACUUUGACCGGCAGGAUGCAGAGGUAGUCUGUGGGGAGCUUGGCUGUGGGGCUCCUGCAGCUCUACAGGGGGGGCUCUAUGGAGGAGGUGAGGGUCAGACCUGGGAUAAAGAGUUCCAGUGUAAAGGCAAAGAGUCCCUUCUCCUGGACUGUGACACCUCAGACAGAAAACACAACACCUGCCUACCUGGUAAUGCUGUUGGACUCACCUGCUCAGGUAAGAAACAGUUUGUCACUCAAUCAACAUUGUUUCUCACCUGGAGUGAAGAAUAUGAGAGACAAUAUAGGUGUGUUUUAGUGAGAAAAUAGUAA